UUAUAUCAGCAGGAACUUUUGUGGAGGAAGAAGAAAGAAAGAAAGAAAGAAAAGGGAGAUCUAUCAAAUUCGUAACAGAGAAGAAGCGAAAAAUGGCGUGGAUAUGGUUAGAGGCAGCUCUACCACUUGGAAUCAUAGCAGGAAUGCUUUGUGUUAUGGGUAAUGCUCAAUAUUACAUCCACAAAGCCGCUCAUGGCCGGCCAAAGCACAUCGGAAAUGAUAUGUGGGAUGUGGCCAUGGAAAGAAGGGACAAGAAGCUCGUGGAGAAUCUCUCUGCCCCUUCUACUAAUUAGGGUUUUUUUUUUUCUCUUUCUGGAAGCUUUCUGAACAACUCCUGAAGAAGGAAUAAAGUGCUCCUCUGAUACUGCAUUCAUGUUAAAGAAGUCUGAUGAGCAAAAUUACUUUGUAUGUGAAUUUGCAUGAACUUUUGAAAGACAAAUUGUAGACUUGUGCUUGGUGAAUUAGCUAUUACUGUGAAUUUGUUUUGCUAGAGCCUUGUUGGAUUUUUGAAUGUUACUGCUUGCUUAUGUUGUUAGUUU